UGGAGCACGAAGCACGGCGAUUGGCGGUGUGCUGUGUCCCUCGGACACAGCGGAUCACCGAUCCACGGAAAGAGCCGAAGAUAUCGGCUCGGUCAUGUGAUCAGCUGUGUCCAAUCACAGCUGAUCACAUGGGACAUCUACACUGAUCAUCAGAGCACUGAUGAUCAAUGUGCCCUGAUGAUCUGUGUAGCCCCAACAGUGCCACCUGUCAGUGUCCAUCAGUGCCAGCUCUCAGUGCUCAUCCAUGCCAUCUGCCAGUGCCCAUCAGUGCCACAUUUCAGUGCCUACCAGUGCACCUCAAUGCCACAUAUCAGUGCCCAUCUGAGUUGCCUUUCAGUGUCACCCAUCAGUGCCAGUCAGUGCCACCUAUCAGUGCCAGUCAGUGCCACUUAUCAGUGCUGCCUAUCAGUG